AUGGCUGAUGCUGCGCUUGAUGAUGAAGAUGAAGAGUUCGAGCGACAUACUGCAGAUGAUCGUGAAGUUGGAAUGACGCGCUACGCGGAAGACAUGGAUGACUCGAGUGAGUAUGCUGUUGGACCUGAAGUCUCUGAUGACGGGACGAACUCGUGGGAAACCGUUGAUUAUAGCGAUAGCCCCAUACGAGAUUCCGAAUCCUGGAUAGAAAAGGUUGAGCGAGAUGACGAGUAUGAGGCCGAAUAUGGUGACUAUUGUGAAGAGGAAAGUGAGAAACCCUUCAGCAACGAUCCUGGAAGCCAGGUGGAUAUCGAUGACGGCGGCGUCUUCCUUCCUAUGAGCAUGUUUGACUAUCCUGAAGAAGAGGUUCACUUUAGUGACCACGGAUAUACCGAGGACCAACAGGAAGACACUGGAGAUACAUACGAGCUUGACAUAAUUACGACACAGUACGGGCAAAUGGGUGCAAACAAGACCACAAUAGAGAACAAAGAAGGUCCCUGGGGAUCUGAAACCUGCAGUGAAUGUGAUCAAUCUGUAUGGGAAAACGCGGCAACCUCCAACAUGACCAACGCAGAAUUUACCAGUUCCAAACCCCCAGCUUCUACUGUGGCCGGCCCAGACGCGCAGGAUACUGGGGCCACAGAGCCUGCCUGCAUCGUUGAAACCACGAAACCUUUGACACUAGAAGAUAUGGCUGGCAGCUGGUGGGAUGAGGUCCUAGAGGCUAUGGAAAUAGGGUUUGAGGAGGCAGAAGCGGUGUUUCAAAAGGCAGCAAGUGCAGGGUUCAAAGACAUCGAGGUCGGCCCGGCUCUGGCUAAGGCAAAGAGUGCUCCGAGAAAAAGACGGCCCAAGAAGUCAGAGAAAUCACGGAAUGGGCCAGCUAACCGCGACCCCGACUGCACCGACCCAGAGAAGGACUUCUUCGAUGUGUGUUGGAGUAUCCUCAAUGAGACAGGCCUGGUGGGAGAGUAUAUGAGGGACAGAAUGCUGGUGAGUGUUUCGUCUCAGAAUUGA